AUGUCUACGAUACGUAAUAUUUUAAAUGGCGACGAUGUAGAUGAAGAUUUUCCUAAUCUAACUCCUGGGGAAUUUACACAAUUUAAAUAUGCAAAAAUUACGUCAUGUGAUGUCGAACGGAGUUUUAGYAAAUAUAAAAACAUUAUGAGGUCUAGUGUCCGUGCAGUACAAAGUGUUGAUGAUACACAAUUAGUGUUUUUAGACACUCCUGGUCUUGUAGACUCUACAGAAAUUGCAAAGUAUAAUUUAGAAAGGACAUUUGCUAAUGAUUCAGUUAACUCAAUCGAAGAAGCAGAUAUAAUUGGUGUUAUUCAUGAUGUGUCCAAUCGGUAUACGAGGAACCAUUUAGAUCCCAAAGUUUUGAGGCUUUUACAUCUUUAUCCUAAUAAAGAUUCAUUUUUAGUGCUAAAUAAAAUAGAUCUUUUAAAGUCUAAAAGCUAUCUUUUAGAUUUGGCGAGGUCUUUAACAUGUUAUAAACAUAAUAACAUUCAUAUUCCUGAACCAUACACUAUGACACCUGAAAAAAGAAGAACUCAUGAAAGCUUAAAAAUUCAAGAGAGGAUGUUGGGGAAAAAAAUUAUGAAAUCUGUUGGUUGGGAAAACUUUAAAGAUGUAUUUAUGGUAUCUGCAAUCCAUAGUCUGGGUUCAUCAGAUAUAAAGGUCAUACCCAAUGAAGUUCCUUACAACUUAAAAGUAGAAAUGGAAUAUUAUGAAGUUUCUCGGGAAGGUAACAUACACAUUGUUGUAUUAAUUCACUGCAAUACACCAAGAAUAGAGAAGCUGGUGAUGGGAAAAAGAGGCAGUCGUAUCAGGAACAUUGCUAAGACAUCAGAACAACAACUUAGAAAUCUGUUUUUAACUGAUGUUUUCCUCAAAUUGGUCGUCACAGAUAAACAAAAACAUACUGUACAACAAAUGACAGAUACCUUAGUAUCUUAAGAUAUCUAAGUUGGUAAUCUGACAUAAUAUGCAAUAACAACCAUUGCUAUGUAAUUUUUUUUUUUUAUUCUUAUUACAAUGUUGUUAAAUUUAUUUUUUAAUACAGCAUUUAUGAAAAAGUAUUAUUUGCUGAUUCCUAGUGGUACUGAUAAAUCUAAAAUAAUUAUGUAAAUUAAUAUUAAAAUUGUUACCUAAUGAAUAUAAAAUCAACACUCUCUUCCUAAAAAUUGGCAACUUUUUCUAUGAUAAUUAAUAUAUACAAUGUAUAUUAUUAUUAAGUUAAAAUAUGUAAGUGUACUAGAAAAAGCUUGCUACCAAAGCAAUCUGUUUUUCCUUUAGUAAAAUAGGCCUGUAAAACUUUUGCAUCCUCUUUUCAAAAACUGAAAUGAAACAAUUUUAUUCCAAUUCGUUCUCCUUGUUACUAAACAUUCGUCAUCUUCCAAUUAGAUUUAAAAUUUAAUAUCAUAACAAUGUUAUUGCAGCUAUGUUCUUAGUAAUACUGAAAURGUAAAAUAUUAUAUAUUUUAGAAACUACCUUAUUACAUAAGUUAUAAAGUAUUAWAUAGGACAAUAGGAGAUGCGUCCWGAGAGUUUUAGAUUCUAAGCCRAGUGAUGAAUGUAUUGAUUUUACAAUGAUAUGUGUUUGCUUUUAUUUUAUUUGUGUCUGCAUACGUGAUAAGUAGGGCAGAKRACUUGAAGCAUUUGCAUA